AUGCGAAAUUUAGUUUCGAUCGGAAAAAAUGGAAAGUCAGGUAUUGCACUAUCGUUUUGUCAUUACCUGAAAUUAUUAUUGCGAGUCAGUAAUUUAUGUAAUAUUCCUUUGCAGAUUGGUUUAAUGCGAGGGGGAUAUUUCCUAGCAGAAGAGUCACCGACGGACCUUUUGGCACGGUUCGGAACCGAUAGCUUGGAGGAGGUGUUUCUGCGAUUGAGCGUCAAGCAAAAUUUGACGAAGCAAAACGGAAAUGGUAUCGUGAACGAAUCGGCCGACAUAGAAGAUAUGCCAAAUGGUGAAGCGCCGAAGGGCUUCGGGGACACCCUCACAUGCAGAUCUAAGGGACACUACGCUAGCGCGCCGAUCGAUCUCCAAUAUGUGGAAAAGUCUACCUUCAACAAGUUGCAACUGCUCCCGUCGAUAGAUAGGAAUCAUAUAAGGACGAUGCUGUGGAUCAACGGGCUGUGGAUGUUACGAAAUUUCCCUGUCGUCCUUUUCGUGUUUAUGUUACCGCUCGUGCAAAUGUCGUUGUUUUGUACGGCGAUAGGACGCGAUCCGAGAGGCCUGACGGUGGCGAUUGUCAAUUACGAAACGGGGAAUAAUGUGAAUUGCGAUUCCACGUUGGAGUGUAAUAGCACGACGCUCAGUUGCAGUUACCUUAGCUACUUGGGGAAAAAGGAUGUAAAAUUCGUUUACUACGAAAGCGACUACGAGGCGACCAAUUCGGUACUCAAAGGCAAAACGUACGCUUCCAUAGUAAUCAAGUCCAACUACACCACGGCACUGCAAGCACGCAUCGCAGAAUGGCGCGACGCAGAACCGUGGGAUAUCGCAGCAAGCGAGAUCGAUGUGCUACGCGACACCACCAGCAAAGACAUCGCCACAUUCCUCAAGAUAUACAUGUACGAGAGCUUCCAGGAUUUCAUCGGUGGGUAUUUGGAAUCGUGCGACCUCAGUCCGCGCGCGGUUGCAAUACCGUUUCAAUGGAAAAAGCCGAUCUACGGCGUCAGUUAUCCCAAUUUUACUGAUUUCAUGAAUCCAGGAAUGAUCCUGACGACCAUCUUCUUUUUGUCCGUUGCGCUGACGGCCGGUGCAAUGAUCAUUCAAAGAAAUCAGGGCAGUAUUGAAAGAGCUAUGGUGAGCGGGGUAACUCCCGUAGAGCUCCUGAUUACCCACAUCAUUUGGCAGUUCGUGAUGAUGAUGGUACAGCUGACAAUCGUUCUGGUGUGGUCCUUUGUGAUAUUUGAACUUACCCUGAAUGGAUCCGUAGUUUUAGUAGCUUUACUCUCCAUUCUGACUGGAUUUUGUGGGAUGUGCUUCGGUUUCGCAAUAUCGUGUGGAGUUGAUUCCGAACGGAUGGCCACGUAUGUUGCACUGGGCAGUUUUUUCCCUUUGGUGAUGUUAUCUGGAAUUGCGUGGCCAAUUGAAGGUAUGCACUACCUCCUGCAACUAUGUUCCUUUUUGUUGCCCCUAACAAAAGCGACCGAAAGUUUUCGAAGCAUUUUGCAGCGAGGUUGGGGAAUAACGUCACCAGUUGUGUACAUGGGAUUUAUAUCUAUUGCCGUUUGGACCUUAAUAUUCCUAUUAUUAAGUAUAGUGUUAUUGAAAGUGAAAAAGGGUUAGCUUUAUUAAACUAUUUCUACAU